AUGCCCCUCUUUCACGAUCCGGAUCGACGGGCCCAGCACCGCUGGUCGGGUGACCAUAACGAGCCGGAACAGCCAGCCCCAGGGUACCCUCGAGAUCAGGCAGUCCAAGACGACGAUCGUGAACGUUGUAUUACAGAGCCAACUGGGAGGGCUAUAGAUUCACCAUCUACAGAGGAUUUCUCGCCCAAGUUCUGGGCUAACGACCGGCGGGCGAUCAUAAACCGAAUUAAAGAGUCAUCGCCUUGGAGAUCGCAAUAUCAGCCGCAAAACACCCACACUGGCGAAUCCUAUAUGCCUUAUAGUUCUAUCCCGCCCCCUAACUCGCAAGCCGACGAGCAGGUAGUAGAGCAGGUCUCACCAAACCAACAAAACACUGAAGAACUAGGCUCGCCAGCCGAAAUACAGCGUCCUAGAUCGGCGUUACACUCCGGUGACUUUAGGGAAGGCUCCCCGCACCACCCUGGGGAACAAUCACCUCAAGCACGCUUUGUGGAACCAAGCCCGUCUUCGCCAUUUCCCCGCCUCGGCACGUCUCCUAACACUCCGUGGUUUGGAGCAGCCGUUUUUCAGAGCAACCAGAGACAGCCCAAUUUCUUUCACGAGCGUCGUGAAGCAGAACAUCCUAUACAGACACGAUCCAGAGCACCGUCACUCGGAUCGUUCUCGUCGAGCUAUGUUCUUAAGGCUCCGACAAGCCCUCUGGUCUACCAAGCAAAUAACACCGAUCUCGAUUUUUCGCCUCGGGUUGAUUCAGCCGAGUCACUAGGGCCACUUGAAAGGGCUAAUCGACGCCGGACCUUGCCUCCAGAGACCUUCAGGCAUUUGCACUCCACGCCGCCCAACUUGCGGUCGGUUAAUAUCGGUACUCCGUAUUCGCAAGGAAGACAAGAUGGAAUGUUUCAACCGCAUCAUUCCCCUCGUCGAUCCCUUUCCUCGGCAUACAGCCUCCAACUUGCUUCUACGGCGAUUCCGCCUGCAUUUCGAGCGCGGAGACCUUCUCUUGCCUCGGAGAUCUCUCCCAAAGCUCAUGCACCGAUGGUCGGAUCGUACGAGGAGUCUAUCCUGCGUGGGCGAAUGUCUAUGAACCCAUCUAAGCCGUUAGACUUCACGGCUCAAAUUGGUGUUCUAGGAAAAGGCAAAUGCAAAGGACAUCUUAGAUGCCCUCCCCAUGUGACAGUCCCUUUCCCGGCCGUCUUUUACAGCUACCCGACGUCGGGUAGUGGCCGUUCGAUCGCGGACGAUAGCCCCAGUCCCUACGUCGGGCAGAUCGAUUUGGAGAAUUCGCUGCCCAAGGAUGAAUCUAGCACGACCCGGCGUCGCAAACGGCAUUUCAGCCCGUCCAAGGCCCCUGAGGAAAUCGACUUGAACGAGACGGGUGCUCAGCGAGCCCCAGACAUCGACUCCAGGCGCCGUCGGGAGAAGAAGAACCGCAGAGCGGAAUCUCCCAGAUGCCCCCCCGGUGGGAGCUAUCGAAUUCCUCAACAGGGUCAGCUGCAAAUCAUUAUCAAGAACCCGCACAAGACAGCCGUAAAGCUGUUCCUUGUUCCGUAUGACCUCAGCGACAUGGAACCCGGCACGAAGACGUUCAUUCGGCAAAGAAGUUACUCGGCUGGUCCGAUAAUUGACAUGCCCCUGAGCGUUCGCAAAAACUACGGGACUGAUCGACCGGAAGCGUCGUUGAACACCACAGAAGAUCCGCAGGAUAAGCCAAUCCUGCGGUAUCUUGUCCAUCUAAACAUCUGUUGCCCGUCUCGGGGCCGCUUCUACCUACACUCCAGUAUUCGGGUUGUCUUCGCAAACAGAGUGCCCGACGGCAAGGAGAAGCUCCGCAACGAGAUUCAACUACCAGAACCUCGAUACAGCCCGUAUAAACCUGUCCGUGAAAAUCAUCUGUCCACUUCUGCUGGUGCUCGACUUGCGAUCGAGAAAGCAUCUCGCCGACGGAGCGCCGGUCAAGGUGGGUUCCCACACUACAUGUCGUCGCCGAGUGACGCCCCUCUACAUUGGGAUGUAGCCGAGCCAGUGGGUGCUAUGGGCCCUUCGCAGACAUCCUAUCAGUCUGACACUGUAUACAACAAGCUCAACAGAGGCGAUGCUGGCUACGGCGGCUACCCUUACGCCUCUAGCCAGAACGGCUCUGAAAACGGUGAGAGUUUGCUUGCCAAGCGGCUUCGUGGGCUGGAUGUCCACAAACACGAGGCCUUUGACAAUAACUGA